GAGCGGAAACGGCUACGGCUUCGCUAGGGACGCAUGCGCGGGUCCCUUAGUUUCGCGAGAUAACGGUCGAAAACGCGCUCCUGUCGAUUUCCGGUAGUGAAUCAGGCACCGGAGUGCAGGGUAGGGGGUGGAAUCCCUGGGCCGCUGGGCAAGCGGCGAGAUCUGGCCAGGGCCAGCGAGCCGAGGACAGCGGGCGCGCGGAGGGCCGGGCCGCAGCCCCGGCCGCUUGCAGGCCCCGCCAUGGACCCCUUCCUGGUGCUGCUGCACUCGGUGUCGUCCAGCCUGUCGAGCAGCGAGCUGACUGAGCUCAAGUUCCUAUGCCUCGGGCGCGUGGGCAAGCGCAAGCUGGAGCGCGUGCAGAGCGGCCUGGACCUCUUCUCCAUGCUGCUGGAGCAGAACGACCUGGAGCCCGGGCACACCGAGCUCCUGCGCGAGCUGCUCGCCUCCCUGCGGCGCCACGACCUGCUGCGGCGCGUCGACGACUUCGAGGCGGGGGCGGCGGCCGGGGCCGCGCCUGGGGAAGAAGACCUGUGUGCAGCAUUUAAUGUCAUAUGUGAUAAUGUGGGGAAAGACUGGAGAAGGCUGGCUCGUCAGCUCAAAGUCUCAGACACCAAGAUCGACAGCAUCGAGGACAGAUACCCCCGCAACCUGACAGAGCGUGUGCGGGAGUCACUGAGAAUCUGGAAGAACACAGAGAAGGAGAACGCAACAGUGGCCCACCUGGUGGGGGCUCUCAGGGCCUGCCAGAUGAACCUGGUGGCUGACCUGGUACAAGAGGUUCAGCAGGCCCGUGACCUCCAGAACAGGAGUGGGGCCAUGUCCCCGAUGUCAUGGAACUCAGACGCAUCUACCUCUGAAGCGUCCUGAUGGGCCGCUGCUUUGCCCUGAUGGACCACAGGCAUCUGCACAGCCUGGACUUUGGUUCUCUCCAGGAAGGUAGCCCAGCCCUGUGAAGACCCAGCAGGAAGCCAGGCUCAGUGAGCCACAGACCAGCUGCUUCUGAACUCAAGCUGCGUUUAUUAAUGCCUCUCCCGCACCAGGCCGGGCUUGGGCCCUGCACAGAUAUUUCCAUUUCUUCCUCACUAUCACACUGAGCAAGAUCCUGUUGUCUCCACUAAAUGAGCUCCUGCGGGACUAGUUGGAAAGUUGGAACCGUGUCCAGCACAGAAGGAAUCUGUGCAGUUGAGCUGUCACACUGUUACUCCACAGCGGAGGAGACCGGCUCAGAGGCCCAGGAACCAGAGCAAAGCAGAGAGGUGUGGGAGAACUGGGAUUUGAACCCCCGCCCUCCUUCACCAGAGCCCAUGCUCAACCACUGUGGUGUUCUGCUGCCCCCGCAGUUGGCAGAAAGGAUGUUUUGUCCCAUUUCCUUGGAGGCCACCGGGACAGACCUGGACACUAGGGUCAGGCGGGGUGCUGUGGUGGGGAGAGGCAUGGCUGGGGUGGGGGUGGGGAGACCUGGUUGGCCGUGGUCCAGCUCUUGGCCCCUGUGUGAGUUGAGUCUCCUCUCUGAGACUGCUAAGUAGGGGCAGUGAUGGUUGCCAGGACGAAUUGAGAUAAUAUCUGUGAGGUGCUGAUGAGUGAUUGACACACAGCACUCUCUAAAUCUUCCUUGUAAGGAUUAUGGGUCCUGCAAUUCUACAGUUUCUUACUGUUUUGUAUCAAAAUCACUAUCUUUCUGAUAACAGAAUUGCCAAGGCAGCGGGAUCUCGUAUCUUUAAAAAGCAGUCCUCUUGUUCCUAAGGUAAUCCUAUUAAAACACAGCUUUACAACUUCCAUAUUACAAAAAAUUUUCUAUUCCUGUUGGUGGUUCUUUCAUUUUGGAUAUGCUGGAUAUUCCCAGUACAGCCAGUUUGAGGAUCCCUGUCAAGGGCUCCAACCUGGGAGGGGGUGGCUGGAUCUCCUGACAGCUCGCUAGCUGCUCAUGAGCAGUGUCUGCCCUUAGCAAACAGUGGUCUGCUAGGGUAGCUUUUGCCGCUCUUAGAAUUUGCCUGCACCACCAACAGUAUCAGAAUCAAAGCCAAGUGGCUAUUCUCUGUCCCAGUUCACCAGCUAUGACCUUGGGAAAGUCCAGUGUGCCGUCCCAUAGGUGGGAUCUUAGCCAAGGCCGCAGGACACUGUCCCCAGUAAGCCGUGGACCCCAGCCUUUAAGCCCCUCCACACCUUCACCUGACGCUUCCAGGUGCCAGACUCCUUGCUAGGAGCAAAGGCCAUAGCAGUGAAUGGGACAGAAGUGUAGCCCUGCCCUGUUGGCCUCAGAAGCCUAGCAGAAACAAGCUUUAACCAGUUCAUCACUAGCUUGGGGUGCUGCCGUGGAGCUGAGCUGGUUGCUGUCCCAAAACAGCGUGGCCUGACCUACACACUGUACACCCCCGACCCAGCGCGUGCCUGCUCUCAAGGCGCAGGUCAGGGUGACUUCUAUAGAGAGCAGACACAUCGCCCCUCACUGUGCCUAAGUGUGAGCAGCUUGGCUUUGGGGAAGAGAUUUUCUUGGGGUGAGUGGGAAAGUAUCUUUUUUUUUUUUUUUUUGAGAUGGAGUCUCACUCUGUCGCCCAGGCUGGAGUACAGUGGCAUGAUCUCGGCUCACUGCGACUUCCACCUCCCAGGUUGAAAGGAUUCUCCUGCCUCAGCCUCCCAAGUAGCUGGGACUACAGAUGUGCACUACCAAGCCUGGCUAGUUUUUUGUAGUUUUAGUAGAGACAAGGUUUUACCAUCUUGGCCCGGCUGAUCUCAAACUCCUGACCUCAGGUGAUCCACCCGCUUCGGCCUCCCAAAGUGCUGGGAUUACAUAGGCGGGAGCCACCGCGCCCGGCCUUGGACAUGGAUUUCUUAAAGCAACUUGAAAAAACAAAUUCCAUGUUCAUUUUUUUACAAUCAGGUAGAAUUUGUGUUUCUGGAAAAGGUACACACAAAUCUUGGGCUUGCUUGAAAGCUGGAGGUAACAGCCGUCUCUUGCUCUCUGACUCCUUUUUCCCCUAAGACAGAAGAGGGAAGACAAGUCCAAACGUCCGUGCUUUGCGGGAGACUUCAGGGGAAUUUGAUCAAGCGUUUCCUGGAACAAAGGGUCAACCCUCUGGUCUUCAGGUUCCCGCAGCCUCCCAGCUGCCUGCCCUUCUGCCUUCUGUUACACAGUGCCCCCUCCACGCCACACUCACACUCGCUCCCAGAUUCUCACAGCCACCCCUCUCCAGGACUCACUCCCUGGUGCUCCUGAGACCACACCCCACACAAACUAUACUUGCUGAAGUCACAAUCUGCUGCAGCUUUUUUGUUCUACCUCAAUCUCUAGGGCAUCUGACACCUUCCGUGACCAUUCUCUCCAGGAGCUCUUCUCCCUCUCCGCUGUCCUCCUCUCAGGUCCCUCACACCCUCCCCCAGCCUCAGCCUCACCCCUCCUCUAGGGAGCACAGCCCUUUCUUAGCCUCACCCAUCCUAGGUCCCUGGUACCUGCCAGGUAUCUCUCUAGCCCAGAUCUUUCUCUUGCCCCAGACCCCAACUGCCUAGGGUCAGCCUCACAGUGGCUGCUAUAGCAAACUACCACGUAUUUACCACCUUAAGCGGCACAAGUUUAUCUUACGGUUCUGGAGGUCAGAGGUCCAAAAUGGCUCUCCCUGGUCUACAAAUCAGGUGUCAGCAAGCUGGUUCCUCCCAGAAGACCUAGAAGAGAAUCCGUGUCUUGCCUUUUGCAUCUUCUAGAGGCCGCCUGCAUUCUUUAACUCAUGGCCCCUCCCUCCAUCUUCAGGCCCACAGACGAGCAUCUUCCCAUCUCUCUGACUGAUUCUCCUGCCUCCCUCUUACAAAAACUCUUGUGACUACAUUGGGCCACCUGGAUAACCCAGGAUCCUCUUCCCAUCUCAACAUCAAUUUAAACACAUCUGCAGAAUUUCUUUGCCAGGUAAGGGAACAUAUUCACAGAUCCCAGGGAUUAGCACAUGGGCACUGUCAGAGUCAUGCAAGCCACCCCCCAAAUUCAGCCUCCCUGCAACCUGCGCCCCGUUCCGUGCCUGACACCACCAUCUAGUCAGUCGCCCAAGCCACAAACCCUCCUUCCUCUCCCCACUGUCACUCUCUUCCCUCAAUUAAAACUGGGCGCUAGGCCAGGUGCAGUGGCUGUCAUCUGUAAUCCCUGCACUUUGGGAGGCUGAGGUGGGAGGAUUACUUGAACCCAGGAGUUUGAGGCCAGCCUCGCCAACAUAAGGAAACCUCAUCUCUAAAAAAAAUAAAAAUAAAAAAAAUGUAGCUGGAUGUGGUUGUGUACACCUGUGCUCCCAGCUACUCGGGAGACUGAGGCAGGAGGAUUGCUUGAGCCCAGGAGGAUGAGGCUGCAGUGAGCCAUGAUCACACCACUGCAAUCCAGCCUGGGUAACAGAGCAAGACCCUGUCUCAAAAAAAAUAAAACUAAGCACCAAGUCCUAUACUUUGUAACUCACAAGUGUCUCUCCCAUCCACCUCUUCUGCUACCUGCCGCCACCCCCACUCCCAGUGGGGCCUCAGCCCUUUCCACUGGACAACCACAGUGAGUGACCUCGCAAUUCAUCUCCCGCCUCUGCCCCCCCUUCCACCCAUCCAGCCCAUCUCCCGUCAGC